AUGUUUUGGCAUACAGUAACGAAGUCCAACUCCGCCAAUAAAAUUUCUGGAGCUCUAUUUUUAUUAUGCAUUUUAUUGCUGCCAUUGGUAGCAAUAUUCUUAGCAGAACAUCUGCGGUACAUUUACUUGGGGGUUACCACUAACGAGACUGCUAAAUGGGACUACAUUCGGUACUUAUUUGAAAACCGCUUAUUGUACAGAGUUGACACAGAGAAUGGUUGCAGGUACGUGAUCGCCAAUGAGACAGGAUAUACCACUUUGAGUGGCACUGAAGUAGAUGUCCGUGAACCUAAACUGGUCCAUUCCUGGAAGGACUUACAAAACAUCUACGACAAAGGGUUCAUUUCGAACCUCGUUGAACGUAUUUUUCCGAAAGCUUUAUAA